CCUCCGCUCCCCGCCGCUCGCGGCGCGCACAGGUUUGGCCGCUCGCGGCCGCCGUCCGGCCCGCGCCCCGCCCGGUGCCGCCAUAUUUUGGCCGCCGCCGCCACCACCGGAGCCGCCGCCGCCGCCGCCGCGAUGGAAAAUUAUCGAAUGAAGAGCUACAAGAACAAAGCCCUGAACCCCGAGGAGAUGCGCAGGAGGAGGGAAGAGGAGGGGAUCCAGCUGCGCAAACAGAAACGGGAGCAGCAGCUCUUCAAAAGGAGGAAUGUGGAGCUGAUCAACGAGGAUGAGUCCAUGUUUGACAGCGUCCUGGUGGAUUCCUACGUCACCUCCACCACGUCUGGGGAGGGAUUGAUCACAGGAGAGAUGGUGGAGAUGCUUUUCUCAGAUGACCCUGACCUACAGCUAGCAACCACUCAGAAAUUCAGGAAAUUACUCUCCAAAGAGCCAAAUCCUCCAAUAGAUGAGGUGAUAAACACUCAGGGAGUGGUGGAGAGGUUCGUGGAGUUCCUGAAAAGGAGUGAAAAUUGCACAUUACAGUUUGAGGCUGCGUGGGCCCUGACAAACAUCGCCUCAGGGACUUCCCAACAAACCAAAAUAGUCAUCGAGGCUGGGGCAGUUCCCAUCUUCAUAGAGCUCCUAAACUCUGACUUUGAGGAUGUUCAGGAGCAGGCUGUCUGGGCGCUGGGGAACAUUGCUGGGGACAGCUCUGUGUGCAGGGAUUAUGUCCUGAACUGUGCCAUCCUCCCUCCCUUACUGAUGCUCCUCACCACGUCCACCAGGCUGACAAUGACACGAAACGCUGUCUGGGCCUUGUCAAACCUGUGCAGAGGGAAGAGCCCACCUCCAGAAUUUGAUAAGGUGUCCCCCUGCCUGCCAGUGUUGUCCCGAUUGUUGUUCAACAGUGACUCUGACCUGCUGGCAGACGCGUGCUGGGCUCUGUCCUACCUGUCCGACGGUCCCAACGAGAAGAUCCAGGCUGUGGUGGACUCGGGGGUGUGCAGGAGGCUGGUGGAGCUCCUCAUGCACAACGAUUACAAAGUGGCCUCUCCAGCUCUGCGAGCCGUGGGCAACAUCGUAACGGGGGACGACAUCCAGACCCAGGUGAUUCUGAACUGCUCAGCCCUGCCUUGCCUCCUCCAUUUAUUGAGCAGUCCCAAGGAAUCCAUCAGGAAAGAGGCGUGCUGGACCAUAUCCAACAUCACAGCAGGGAACAGAGCACAAAUCCAGGCAGUGAUAGAUGCCAACAUCUUCCCGGUGCUGAUCGAGAUCCUGCAGAAGGCAGAAUUCCGCACGAGGAAAGAGGCAGCCUGGGCCAUCACCAACGCCACCUCUGGAGGCACCCCCGAGCAGAUCAGGUACCUGGUGAAUUUGGGUUGCAUCAAACCUCUCUGUGACCUGCUGACUGUCAUGGACUCCAAGAUUGUCCUGGUGGCCUUGAACGGGCUGGAGAACAUCCUGAGGCUGGGAGAGCAGGAGGCCAACCAGAGUGGGACAGGCAUCAACCCCUACUGCAGCCUCAUCGAGGAGGCCUAUGGUUUGGAUAAGAUAGAAUUCCUCCAGAGCCACGAGAACCAGGAGAUCUACCAGAAAGCCUUUGACCUGAUCGAGCACUACUUUGGGGUGGAGGACGACGCGUCGGUGGCGCCCCAGGUGGAUGAAAACCAGCAGCAGUACAUCUUCCAGCAACCCGAGGCUCCCAUGGAAGGAUUCCAGCUAUAAUCCCGGGAGAAAUCCUCAAAAAAAAAACCCACCACGAACUUUCUGGGAAGUUUGGGAGAGCAGCUGCUGGUCCUGGCUGGCGAGGCUGGGCACCCACUCCACCCGUUUAGGAAAAAAACUCUGCAAACACACAGAGAUCCUCCUGGAGAAAAGGGGAAUUUCUGCUCCCUGUGUCUCUGGGCUGCUGCUCACGAUGUUUUUGGAGGCAGGAGGGACGUGGAGGUGACAGCUGCCACCUCUUGGUGGCUCCUUCUUUGUGGUGGUGUCUCCCCAAUGCAGUUUUUACCUCGGGUUGGGUGAGGACACAGAGAGGAGGGAGCUGUUCUGGCCACAGUAAUUCUGCAAAAACAUGGGUUGAUCUAUUUAAAUUUUCUUUUUUUUUUUCUUUUUUUUUUCUUUUUUUUCUUUUUUUUUCUUUUUUUGCACAUGUUACUCUUUAUUAAAAGACUCUUUAAUAUGCCAAGAGCAAAGUUGAGCCCUGGCCUUCCUCCUUCAGGUGGACAAUCCUGGUGAAGCCAGGACCAGUUCCCUGAUGAAAAAUACUGAAAAUGGACAGAAAAAUGAGAAGUUCUCUCACUGCUGGGAAGUUUUUUUUUUUUUUCUGCUGCGUCCCUUUGUCUAGAUUUUUUUUUGUUUGUUUUUUUUUUGAAGAACUGCUAGUGCUAUUUCCAAGGAUUAAAAACAACAACAACAAAAAAAAAAAAGCAACAAGAGCCCAAAGAUGGGAACUGGGGUGGAUUUUUUUGGAAGCACAGCUGCUGUUGCACAGGUUUGGUUUGCAUUGUACUGACUGUUCUCAGAGCUCUGAAAUGCUGAAACCCACCUUCAUCUUUACUUGAAAUACUUUAUUUUCCAUGAGAAACACGGGCUGAAUUUUGGGUUUUUCCUGCCUUGGGGUGGAGGAAGAUUUUACCCCACCUGCCAGCAGUGAUGGGAGCUCCAACAGCACCGGGUUUUCAGGUUUACCUCCUGCUCACAGUGGAAUAAUGCACAUUUCACUUCCAAAAAUGGCAAAUCUCUGUAUUUUUUAUAUUAUAGAUAGGGAGAUAUUUGUCUAAUCGGGCCACAGAGAAAACUAUAGAUGAAAUUCCUGUGAUUGCUGUAAAUAAGCACUGUGAGGCAGGCACGCCUGGAACCCGCCGGGCUCGGGGCUGUCCCGGUGCUCCUCCUGUUCCCUCCACCGGCCGCCGGUGAGCACGGAGCUCCCUCAGCCCCACCGGCGCAUUUCCAGUCACUUUGCCGCUAUUCCGGUAAAAGCGGAGGAGCAAACCCCCGGUUCUGGGGAGCGGGGGGAGCUGAGCCCUUGUUGUGGAAAGAAUAAACUCGGCCUGUGCAGG